AUGGCGGCCACGAAGCUUGCGGGUGAUUGUGGAUUGCUUUUUGUUUUAGGCCGUGGUGACCUUGGCGGUAUUGACAGUGAAACUUUUGAUUUUAGCCAAUUGGAAGAAUACAUUAAUGACGACAGCGAAAGCAACAUCUAUUUCCAUGACGCCCUGGUUUCGUCCAGCGACUUGAAACUAGCGGAAAGUGCAGAAAAAUCGUUAUAUGUCCGAAUCAACAGUCAAAGCCUGCCGAAAGACAGCAUCCACGCUGCGGCCGAGGGACCGGAAGGGCACGGCCACAGCAUCGCCGCCGCUUGCGUCGCGCAGACCGCCAUCGAUUCCGUCCAUUCGCCUACCACGGUUCCACAGCAGAAGGGUUACAACAGACAUACCCGAAAUAAUUCCACCGAUGUCAGUUCAACCUUCACCAAACCACAUCAUCUCCCAGACAGCCCACCGGACUCUGGGUCAGAGCCACCUUUUUCUCCUCCGAAUGAAGACCCGAAGCUAAGGUGUCCGUCCAUCGACAUCCUCCAUCGUCAUCACCAUCUUCAUCAUCUGUCCACCGAAAUGUCCGUCCACCCCUCUGCUACCCUCAGCAACGGCAUGAAGCAUCCCUACCUCGGUUACUGCCAUUCCUUGCCUCUGAAGCACAUUCCUGAAGCGUCCAUUUCUUCGUCCACGUCACCCACGUCGUCAUCAUCUUCACCUCAUCACAUUCUGCCAGGAAGUCCAUUACCCAUUCACUCCGCUCAUUCAACUUCGAUGCCUGUGAUUGCUCCAGGUUCAACGCAGUCUCUAGCAGGCCAACUGUUGACACAGAUUCCACAGUCCAUGAUGUCUCCGUUCGUCGGGAACUCCUUACAUCAACAGUUGGUUGCUCCCAAUGGAGCGCAUCUUGGCCACAUCUAUGCUGGGAAUGAGGAGCUCCUUUAUGAAAACUUGUCGAGUCCGGUUACUUCGACAACGUCUACCAGCAAGAAGCGUAAGUUACCGGAAUCUCCCAAAACGCCAAGAAGUCAUGCCUACGGUGCUGUGCAGAUCAAGACAGAGCCUAGCGCUCCUUCACCAGACCCAUCUACAUCAGUGCUGCCAUCUAGCGACGAUGAUUACAACUUCGAACUAAGUGCCGCGGACGCCAAUGCUCUGUUCGUCGAUUCCAGUUAUCAGUGCAUCCGAUUUCAAGCAUUUCAACAAAACACUUGGGCUCAACUCCUAGACAAAGAUAUGAAGGAAAUCUCCUCUCCUAACUUCCGCGUGGAUGCCGACAAGGGCUUUAACUACAGCAACGCCGACGAAUCUUUCGUCUGCCAGAAGAAGAAUCAUUUUCAAGUGACCGUGCAUGUGCAGCCGCUAGCCGAAGCACACUUUGCACAGACACCUGAUGGCCCGAAAGCGAUCGAAAAAUUCGCUCUUCACUUCCAUGGAGUAAAAAUGGAAUCGCCGACGCAAAUGAUCAAAGUGGAGCAAUCACAGUCAGACAGGAGCAAGAGACCUUUCCACCCGGUUCCGUUGGAAAUGGUGACUGACCAAGUGACCAAAACCACGGUAGGUCGUCUGCACUUCAGCGAGACCACCUCGAACAACAUGCGCAAGAAGGGCAAGCCCAACCCCGACCAGAGAUUCUUCUUUCUGGUCGUCAGCCUCUGCGCGCAUGUCGCAGGUGACACCACACCAGUUACAGUCUGCGCCCAUGCAUCUGAAAAGAUAAUUGUUAGGGCUUCAAAUCCGGGGCAAUUCGAAAAUGAUAUGGAGUUGUCCUGGCAGAAAGGAAAUACUUUGGAUUCCAUAUUCCAUAACGGUCGAGUAGGCAUCAACACCGAUAGACCAGAAGAAUCGCUUGUGGUGCAUGGCAACAUUAAAGUCACCGGACACAUUCUCCAACCUUCAGACCUGAGAGCCAAAUUCGAUGUUAGAGAGUUGGACACGAAGGAGCAAUUGAAGAAUGUCUCCAAACUUCGGAUUGUGCGAUAUCACUAUCUGCCAGAGUUUGCUGACCACGUAGAACUGAACCACAUAUCAGACACAGGUGUCAUAGCUCAGGAGGUUCAACGCGUGAUACCAGAAGCUGUGAUUCCUGCUGGAGAUGUUCUGCUGAAAGAUGGUCGACUCAUUGAAAAGCUCCUUGUUGUGAAUAAAGAGCGAAUCUUUAUGGAAAAUGUCGGUGCCGUGAAAGAACUAUGUAAAGUCACCGAUAACCUGGAAAAUAGAAUCGAUGAGUUGGAGAGAAUUAACCGCAAGCUUAACUGUAUCAAGAGAACUGACAGCGUCAAAUCGACGUCAACAGACAGCCGGAUGAGCAACCCGACUUCAAGCGGAAAGCGAAACUGCCAUCGCAAAUGCGGAAAACUUCGUCCUGGAAACCACGCACUAUGCUCCAGUCACUUUGUCCAAACUACUAUUAUCAUCCUCGUCAUCAUCAUGGCUUGCUGUCUAAUGGCACUAGCGACCUUGUAUAUAAUGGAGUGGCAAAGCCGUCAUCACAACCCAUAUUUCAGAAAUCAUCUAGCGAUACAAGUUAAAAGUUCCUCUCACAAUAGCACUACUGCGCUACAAGACAGGUACGCCCUGCUGUCUUCACUGUUUCCUACUGCAUCAUCCUACAAAUAUACUUCUUUGAACCCUGACAAAACAUCAACGACGAAUCAAUUCGUACCCAAAUCAGAUUCGAAAAUACCUUCCCGAACGCCAAGUGGAGUGACCACGCCUGAUGACCUGCUGUACGGACAUCAUAGUGGCGACGUGGACUGCCUGUCCAGUGACUGCCCCGUGUACUGCUGCGAAUCCUACGCGGGAGAUGAAGAUUAUGUGCCUUUCCCACUCCAUGAGGAUGAAAGGGAGAACGAGCCCCACAUCGAGAAGAAGAGUGGAAAUUCCGCAGCUCUUCGUGAGCUAAAAAAGCAUAACCAUUCAGUAAUCUCACCCAACAAAAGUACUCCACAGACGUCAAAAGAGGAAUUGGAGUCACUUUUUGAUUCGCAUAAAAUGCAAAAAAGAAUGAUAGACGCUGCAGAGGACAAUGCAGAAAAUAUCAAUAUAUUCAGAUCAGAAUAUAAUUCAGAGCCCAUUCUUCGUCUGGUGGAGUUGAAUGCCACACUUUUGCCAGAGUUGUGUACCGAGGAACGUGUAGAUGGCGCUGCGGCAGCAUACAUAUCUUGUUCGAUAUACAUCUCCCGUCAUUUCCCGCAUCCAAACGUUACACUUCAUUUCAUGGCCGAGGACCAAGAUACCAUCAUCGAUUACUGUGGUGGAAAGCAAUAUUCAUCCUGCAACAGACUACAUAGAGAAGAUAAAACUCAUCUUUCGAAUAAAGUCACCAAGGGUGCAUUCAUUCCUCAGAAUCAUUCUUGGCAACUCCCCAUCGGGUCAUUCUUCAGAAGCAGGUAUCGAUUCAGGAUGAUACCACGCAGAUUCACAACGAAUCAACAGAUUUGUUCACUGAAUGCCAAUCACCGUCCAUUCACAGAAUAUGUUUUAACAUUCCAAAGAAGAUGCGACAAAUGAAAAGCCAAUAUCCUGCCUAAGAAACUGCCUUUUGUAUUUAUAAAUUUCCACUGUGUUCCUGGAAGAAGAAGAAAACUCAAAGGACUCGGUUUUGUGUAGCUUUGGUGCACAACUAGAAGAGAAGUUUUUCAAAUGAGACGCAAGUUACUGUAAAAAUUUUGAAUAAGUUUUACAGUGAGUGUGAGAGUUAUUUUGAAACUUAAUUGUGUCUCUAAAAACUUCAUUAAUUACUUGCUUUUAAUGAAGAUGAGCAUCGUAUUGCUCAUAGUAUGCAGUUGUUCAGAAAUCAAAAAGUGCAGAAUGCCGCCCUACUGGUAUGAUACAAUGAAGUUGUAAUAAUGCUGUUUAAAACUGUCCCUUUUGUCCUGUUUGCUCGAAACAGUAAAUUGUAUCGGUUCUAUAGCUCAGUUCCGCUUAUAGAUAGCAUUCGUUUUUUAAUAGCUCAAAAAUUAAAAAAACUAUUUUUAUAGUCUGUACUGGAUCAUAAAUGAAUUUUUAUUAAUAUCCCGCAAUCGGAAAUAAGUGAAACCCGAGUAAGUUGACCACUUACGGUGCACUACUUUAGUGAUCAACUUAAACAGGUGGUCAACUUACAGAGGUUGAUUUAUAUGAUUAGGGCUAAUUCCGUGCCUGAAAAAAGCGGUCAACUUACAAGGGUGGUCAACUUCAUAGGUUUUAUUGUAUUAUCAAUCAUGGAAAGAUUUUUGUUGCAUCAAAAACUUGCUGAUGAAAAAUAAUAAACGUUAUUACUUGCACUUAAAGUUCAAUAAUCUAUUGUACUGAUGUGAUUUCUUUUAAGAUAUGUUACAAUUGCAAUCUAUGAACGUAUCUCGUUUCUUAUACAUUUGUAAAUACGACGGAGAAAGAAAAGGGAUUUUUUUUUUCAAGAUACAAUUAGUUAUGCUUUAGAGUAGUAGCUCAAUUUUGCUCUUGACGCGUUGUUGUAUUUCCUAUUUAAAACUGCUUUUUGUUGCCUUCGAUUUUUCUCUUCUCUCUCAUGUAUGUAAUUA